AUGUCUCCACUUUCAUCAUCAAAGCACGUAAAAGCCUUAGACGAUGGUGUUAAGGACGGUGUAAAGACAGUGGUUAUCGGAGAAGACUCUCUAGGCGUCGUUUACAUCAAGAUCCAGUACGUGAGAAACGGACAUGUCGUCGAGCUAGAACAUGGAAGCGAAAGAGGACCACAAAUCACCGAGACCGAGUUCGAAGUUAAUGGUCCAGACGAAUACAUUACAUGUAUUGAGGGAGCUCGGGGAGAAGCUAAACGAUUUAAUGAUGAUGUGUACUAUAAGUGGUAUCCUAAACUUAAGUUUAUGCAUGACGUUCAGGUUCGAGGGCAACCAUGGAACGAAGCUUCGUCUGCUCCGUGGACGUUCUGGACUUCUGGUCGUUUUCUUUACGACCUAACAGCUAAGUUUUUCGUCGUUUCUUCGGCUUUAAAGCAGUUAGAGCCUCAAGGUGGUUCCAAUGGGCAUUCUUGGGAUGAUGAGGCUUAUGACGGUCUGAGGAGAGUGUUCAUUGGAGAAGAUGGUGGUCGUGUGAGCUCCGUUGAGUUUGUGUAUGCCAAGGGAGACCAAUGUAUAACUCAUUGUCACGGCAUGCAUUCAAAUGAACGUAAAGAGGUAUACCCAUAUUAA